GUCAACGACUGCACUGCGUUCAGCUCCUCUCAGUCAUCCAAAUUCAAUAAUAUCCCCCCACUAACGCUUUAUCCAACAGUCGAUCAAUUAGUUUAUCGAUAGUUUAUCAAAUAUCAACGUGUGACACAUCGUAAAUAAUUAUAUCUAGAAAAGUUCAAAGUUCUUGUGGAGUGGAGACUUUACGUUUUUUGUUUUAUAUCAGAACUCAAGUGUGUGGAGAAAUUUAAUUAUCAUUUUAUUGUGAUUGUAAUAAAUAAAUAAACUGUGGUGAGAAAAAUUUCAAAGCAGACCCCUUAAGGCAGUGGACUCGGAAACUCGAUUAAUCACGACUAAUUAAUCACGCCCACAUUACUGGACCAGUGAAUUAAUUAUUCAAAUUAGAAAGGAACCGGAGGAGCCGCGAUUCAACAGCCACUGGGGAGAGAAACGUGAAUUCAAUCGCGGUGAGGUGAGUUGGAUGCUCCCUUGCAGUGGUGAUGACAGUAUUGGAUUAAUUGAAUCAAAUGCGGUGGUAGGUGCUCUCGGAUAGAAUGUUCCAUGGCAGUGGAAGUGGUGGGUACGGAGCGGGCACCGACUACCAGACACAGCAAUCCCAGCAGCAGCAACAGCAGCACAAUCAGCAACUCCAAGCGCCUGUUUACGUGCCGUCCUCGAGACCGGCUAUCCCAACAGCAGCCACGGCACAGUAUCACACAUUUCCUGGCUCCGCUUCACCCGCAUGGGAGAAAACAGCAUCCUGGCAGCAUGGAGUCGACGGUUACACGCAUCACGCCCUGGCGGGGCACACGGGUGGCUCCCCCGCAGGUAUGGGAGCGCAUGGAGCACACGGCCACCCCCACCCAUCCCACCCCCACACAGGCCACCCUCACGCAACCCUCGCGAGUCCAUUCUACGCGCAAAACGUCGCGAUGAUGUCCUCCCGGUGGCCUUACGAAUCCGCUGGCUUCCAGCGCGCCUCGCCGUACGAUACGGCGAUGGAUUUUCAGUUUGCCGAGGGACGAGAGUGCGUUAAUUGCGGGGCUAUUUCCACCCCACUGUGGAGAAGAGACGGUACCGGUCACUAUUUGUGUAAUGCCUGUGGACUCUAUCACAAGAUGAAUGGAAUGAACAGGCCGCUGAUCAAGCCAUCCAAACGCCUCAUCUCCGAAUUCCAGACGGCGACUAGACGACUGGGUCUGUGCUGUACCAAUUGCGGAACCAGAACAACGACACUGUGGAGGCGUAACAAUGAGGGUGAGCCCGUUUGCAAUGCAUGCGGUCUCUACUUCAAGUUGCACGGGGUGAAUCGCCCACUGGCAAUGCGAAAGGAUGGCAUACAGACGCGCAAGAGGAAGCCCAAGAAGACGCCCGAACCAAAUGCACCGAGAUCCAGUGGAAAUGAUCACGAGACGUCGACAUCGACCAGAUCAUCUCCGUCGAACGACUUGAAGAGCAGUCAACAGCCGCCUCAGCAUCACCAGAUAGAGUCAACAAAGUCCUCAUCAUCAGUAUCAACUGACCGUCCAGUGUACCUGGGUCACACAUCGCUGCUGGCAACUGGAGGAGUGCCAGCAGUGAAAACCGAGCCAAGAAGUUGCGACGGAAUAGUCGGACAGCCAUACUCAUCGUACUACCAGCAUCCCCAUCAACUCGAUCCACCGACAAGUGACCACCAACAGCAGAAUUAUUACCAAACCCAAGAGACUUCGUACCACCAUCAGCAUCACGUAGCAACAGCUGCGAAACUUCUCGCGUCAUCCUAGAACAAUUUCUCACCAUUCGAUAUUUCGUAAUGAACCGAGAUUUGACGUUUUCACCCUAUUAAUUCAUUAGAUAAAUCUUCAGUGUCCUGUUGAAGGAGUACUUUAUGUGUGAUACCUAAGUUAUUUAUGCACACGCGAUAUAUUGCUAUGGAUGCGUCUGACUAGAUCGUUUUUUUACAUUUUUUUUAUGUUUCCUCUGUAAAUAUUAAAGGAAUAAUUCAAUGUAGUAGAUAUUAAUCACUGAUAAUUACUAGAUUAAUCAGCAACGAAUUGGAAAAAAAAUGCACCUGUAAAUAAUACUUCAGACUUAUCACUAGAUUCUACACUAUUCCGAUGAAUUUGAUUUAAGAAUAAUUAAUAAAAAUAAUCGUAAAUUGUGCCGUAGGAAUUACAAAGA